CUUCGUUUUUACCUAGCGGCCUGUAAGGCGCUAGCAAGCCUGGGCCGAGCGCUGCAGCAGCGCCAGGCUCGCCACACGCAGCGACAUUGCUCAUUGAGAGGCUGUCGAGCGGGCGACAAGGACCACGACUAAGCAUCGCUGCAGCGAUCGUAGUCCAGUAUACUCUAAAAAGCUCUUCUCCAGCACACAGCUCUCCAAGCUCUCCGUAGCUCUCCGUAGCAAAUCUCUCGCGCAACCAGUGCGUUGGCCGCCAGAAUCCAUAACGCACACCGCACACCGUCGUGCAAGCAGUAAUAAUGACCAGCAUCCCCAAAACACACAAUAUAAUAGUUGUGGGCGCCGGCUGGGCCGGCCAGGGCGUCUGCGAGGCGCUCGGUGCGGAGACGCCGCCCAACACCGUCGUCACGUGCAUCGACGCGCGCGACACACUGAGUGUAGGCGCGACGUGGCAGUUUGGGCUCGACGGCCGCGCGAAACCAAUGGAAGUGCCGCUCUCCAAGACGUCCGCCGCGAAGUUCCUGCGCAAGGGCACGGUCCAGUCGGUCGACUACGCGGCGAAGCACGUCAAUCUGCAGUUUGGAGUGUUACCGUACGACCACCUCGUCCUCGCGUGCGGCGCGGUGUCGGACCCGAGCCCCAUCCCGGGCUUGGAGGACCAUUGUGUGGACCUGACGGCCAAGAAGGACUUCGCGAACGAUAUUGAGAAAUUCCUCGACGCCGUCGAAGCCGGCGGCAAGACUCGAAGAGUGGUCAUUAGUAUCACAAAGUGCCCCUACAAGUGCCCGCCGCUGCCCUUCGAGGUGGCUUGCCUCAUCGACGACGCAGCAAAACGGCGGGGCAAGGGCGUGCGCGACGCCGUCGCCAUCACGGUCACGUCGCCGGUGCCGUGGCCCUUCGGCGGGCCCAAGGCUAAAAAAGCGUUUACCGAAGCGAUGGCUUCGAAGAAUAUCACGUACCUCCCGGACACGCAAGUGGUUUCGGUUGAUGAGCAGGACGGCCGCAAGUGCGUGUCGACCAGUAAGGAGGACCUCGUCGCCGACCUGGUGCUGGCGACGUUCCCGCACCGCGCGCCGGACUUUGUGAAGGACCUGGCCAAGGCCAAGGGUUCCGUGCCGGUCGACCUGCGGACGAACGCCGUCGCGGGGAAGGACGGCGUCUACUGCGUCGGCGACGCGUGCGCCGCGCUGAUUCCCUCGGCCGGCGUGCCCAUCCCGAAAGCGGGCGAGUUUGCGUACAAGGGUGGUUUGGCCCUCGGAAAACGCCUGGCAGCUCUAGUGCGCGGCGAAGAGGCCCCGCUGCCGACGGAGCGGUCGGCGCGGUGCGUGGCCGAGACGGGCGGCGGCGAGGGCAUCACCGUCGGACCGAACUUCGACGCGGCCUUCGCGGACCCGGAGAACGGCAAGCCCGCGUUCGCGAUCGAGCCGCAUGCCGACGGGACGACCGCCAAGGUCGCCUGGAUCCAGGGGUACUUGGAUCGGUUCGCGCCGGACCAGGGCAUCGUCUUCGAGGCGGGGGCGCCGCGGAACGCCGAAAGUUAAGGACCAUAGAGCAACGCGUCGAUAGCGUAAGGGCACUAGUCGCG